CCCAACGGUCUAAGGCGCAAUUUAGCGUGCCUGAAUCUUCGUUUUGCAAUUUCAGGGGAUUCCACGGGAGCGACUGAUGUGAAAGUUGCGCCAGAGAGAAGGCAAACAUGAGUGGUUCAUCCGCUUCAGAUGAAGCCCUAUCUUCAGGGUCUUUAAAGGUCGAAGAGGAGAAGAAAUCUGCAGCUUCGGUCUCUCAUAUUGUCUAUCACUUCGGUACCAGUGGAAUUGCUGUUGCCACUGCGACUGGCAUAACUCAUCCUUUAGAUGUUCUUAAAGUUAGGCUGCAAAUGCAGCUUGCUGGUCAGAGAGGUCCCUUAACUGGAAUGGGAAAAGUUUUUACUAAAAUGUUGAAAACGGAAGGGCCUAGAGCUCUGUAUUUAGGACUUACACCUGCAUUGGCAAGAUCAGUUCUUUAUGGAGGUCUCCGUUUAGGCUUGUAUGAACCAGCAAAGCAUAUCUGUGACUGGGCAUUUGGAACCACAAAUAUGUUAGUGAAAAUUGCCUCUGGAGGAUUUUCUGGUGCUGUUGCUACUGCAAUAACUAAUCCAACAGAAGUUCUGAAGGUGCGGUUGCAAAUGAACUCAAACAUGGGGAAAGGAGGGGCAAUAAGAGAAAUAAGGAGGAUUGCUUCAGAAGAGGGAAUCCAAGCUUUCUGGAAGGGGGUUGGCCCUGCUAUGGGCAGAGCUGCCAUGCUGACUGCAUCACAGUUGGCAUCAUAUGAUGAAUCAAAGCGGGCUUUGAUUAGGUGGACACCUCUGGAAGAGGGAUUUCAUCUGCAUCUCAUCUCAAGUAGCAUAGCAGGGACGAUUAGCACCCUUGUAACUGCACCCAUUGACAUGAUUAAAACUCGUUUGAUGCUGCAAAGAGAAUCUAAAAGAGUUGGAGGCUAUAAAAAUGGAUUUCAUUGUGCAUACCAGGUCAUGCUCACAGAAGGCCCUCGGGCACUCUACAAAGGGGGCUUUGCAAUCUUUGCAAGAUUAGGUCCUCAAACCACCAUAACUUUCAUUAUCUGCGAGAAGCUGCGGGAACUUGCUGGAUUGAAGGCUAUUUGAUUCACAGUUUUCCAUCUAUUAGCACUUCCCACACCAUAUGGAUCAUACUGUGCAUUUCUUCAGUAUGGCCACCCAUUACCAUUCACAUCAAGACUCAAGAGGAUGAAAUUGGGUAGUUAUUUUAUAUGAUUUGCUUGGGUAAACUUGAAGGAAGUCCCAUUUUAGGGAAUUGAAUAUAGGUUGGACACAUUUUCUCAUAUUGUUUAGACGAGUCAAGGAGAGGGGUGAUUCAUUUAAUUUAAUUUUGGUGUAUUAAUCUGCUUUGUUGUAUGAGGGUAAUUUUGGUUAUUGUUAUUGUUACUGAUAAUGUCGUCAUUCUUAUACGUGAUGACGAAGAUUGUAGUCAAGAACUUAAUAAAUUUGUGUUUUUU